ACAGACGCUCUUCCUCCGACGCGGUGUCCAGGUGUUCGGUCGGUGUAUGAUAUUGCAGAGAUCUGGACCGUUUUGGAGCUUUAUUAGUGUAUCUGCAUGAAGUGGCCUAACGGGAUACGCUUUGUCUCCGAGCCCGGCUGUCUCUGGGACGUCUUGAAAUGCCGUCUUUCCCCCUCGCUGCCUCAUCUCCCGCAUAGUGAAGCGGGAACACUGUUAAAAUGAAGACUGACACAGGGAUGAGAAUUUGAACUGUGUUUAUACCUCGACUGGUAAUAGCUAGCGGUAAAGGCUAGUCCGUUAGCCUGACAGCUCAGUCACCCGGCGGCAGCUCGGAUAUCGAAACAGCGGGGCCAUGGCUGGGCUCAUCAAGAAGCAGAUCCUGAAGCAUCUGUCCAGGUUUGCUAAGAACCUGUCGCCAGACAAGAUCAACUUGAGCACGCUGAAGGGGGAGGGUCAGCUGACCAACCUGGAGCUGGAUGAGGAGGUGCUCCAGAGCCUCCUGGACCUGCCCACCUGGCUAGCCAUCAACCGAGUGGGCUGCAACAAGGCCGCCAUCAGGAUACCAUGGACAAAGCUGAAGACUCAUCCCAUCUCUUUGACUUUGGAUAAAGUAGUGAUGGAGAUGAGUACUUGUGAUGAGCCCCGUCCCCCCAAUGGCCCGUCUCCUAUAGCAACAGCAUCUGGGCAAAGUGAAUAUGGCUUUGCUGAGAAGGUAGUAGAGGGCAUGUCUCUGUCCAUCAACUCCAUUGUGAUCAGGAUCAGUGCCAAGGCCUUUAACGCCUCCUUCGAGCUCUCCCAGCUACAGGUCUACAGCGUCAACACCAGCUGGAACAUGAGCGACCUGCGUUUUACCCGCAUCCAGGACCCACAGAGGGGAGAGAUCCUGACAUUUAAGGAGAUCAGCUGGCAGAUGAUCCGCAUCGAGGCUGACGCUAUUCAGAGUGCCGAGCACGAGAUGUUGAGUGCCCCCAUCCGUCUCAUCACCAACCAGUCCAAGAUCAGAGUCACGCUCAAGAGACGGAUUAAAGACUGCAAUGUGGUGGCCUCCAAGCUGAUUCUGGUCCUGGAUGACCUGCUGUGGGUACUGACUGAUUCUCAGCUCAAAGCCAUGGUGCAGUACGCCAAGUCCUUGAGUGAAGCCAUGGAGAAGUCAGCACAGCAGAGGAAGAGCAUGGCCACUGAGGACCAGGUGUCAUCGGCGCCUCCAUCAGCCCAGCAGGUGCGAACUCAGCAGGCGUCCACAGCAGCCGACCAGAGUGCAACGAUGGCAAAGCUGUUCAGUGCUUAUGAUGUAUGCGAGACAUCCCACCACCUCCAAAUCACGCACCUCGACCUGCACAUAUGUGACGACAUCCACGCAAAGGACAAAGUGAUCAAUAAGAGGAUAACAGGUGGGGCCAUGCAGCUGUCCUUCAGCUCCAUCACUUUGGACUACUACCCCUUCCACAGAGCAGGUGACAGCUGUGCUCAUUGGAUGCAUUAUAGCGAGGCCACAAAAACCAGAGAGGGCUGGGCGCGGAACCUGCUUGAUGAGUUCAAGUCCAAUGUGGAAAUGUUAAAGAGUGCAGUUCGAGACCAGCAAGGCCCAACUACUACACACAGUUCCCCUCAGCAUGGUAAGAUAAACACCUGUUCCAGCUCUUCCUUUAGUCCUCCUCCUCCUCAGACUCCCAAGACCCACCUCAUGUCAAGCUCUGUUGUUCUCAGGAUGGCUGACUUCAGCAUCUACCAGGUAUCAACAGCAGACCAGCGACGCUCCAGCCCCAAGACCAUGAUCUCCUGCAAUAAAAAAUCUCUGUACCUUCCCCCGGAGAUGCCAGCCAUCCAUGUUGAAUUCACAGAGUACUACUUUCCUGAUGGAAAAGACUACCCCAUCCCGUGUCCCAAUCUGUAUGCCCAGCUGAAUGCCCUGCAGCUGGUUCUGGAUCCUCGUAGUCUGGUGUGGAUCAACCUUUUUGCCCUUGACCUCAGGCAGAGUCUGGAGCAGUUCAUGGAGAUCUACAAGCUCAACGACUCACAGAAACCAGACGAGCAUGUUGACAUUAAGGUGGAUGGCCUCAUGCUCAAGGUGGUGAUUCCUACAGAUAAGGACCCUGCCUGUCCCGCAGACCUUCCCCGCUCCAUCUCAGUGCAGACCUCAGAAAUGGUGGCCACAAACACCCGGCAUCCAGCCAACUGCACCCGCUCCCACCUCGAGGCACUGCUGCAGGCCUUCCAGGAGGAGAACUUCUUCUCAUCUGCUUUUUCCUCAUUCCCUCGCACCUCCACCUCUUUAGCUCUCCUACAUCCCGUCUUCCAGCGUCAUGCUCAUGAACAAGACACAAGGCUGCAUGACAUCUACCGGGGCCUUGUGGUUCCCACCAUGGGUACAGAAGCCCUUAAGAUGCCAGCAGCCACUGACUUUUGGGCUUUGCACUUUGCUCAGUUCUGGGUGGACUAUGAAGGCACUCGUGGAGGCAAAGGACGACCGCAGCCCUUUGUGGACUCUUUCCCUCUCACUGUGUGGGCCUGUCAGCCAGCAAAGCUCAUUCAACACCAGGAGAAGCUGAGAGGCACAGCUGGAUCAGGUCUGUCCAGGAGCACCUCUGCAGAGGGAGUGGGACGCUUGCAGAGGAAGCGUUUACUAAAGGAGUAUUACAGUACUGAUGGUUCUCAAAGCAAUGACGCAACAUUGCCACCCACUAAUGGACUCCAUAAACCCCCCUCAUUGGAAAAUCUACCUUCCUCCUCUUCAUCCUCAAAUAAAGAUGCAGAUGUGCAUGUGUUGGUGCAUGUGCAGAAACAUUUAAGUGCUCAGGUGAGCCACCGGCAGUAUGUGUUUCUCAUGCACCUACAGCGCAGCAUCAAAGCUCUGCAGCAGACCUUACAGCAGGACCUGGAGGAAAUGGGUUCCAAGAAAGACCGCAAGGAUCCUAGUCAGCGCCCUGCAGACCACCAGCCUUUCACUGUCUGUCUGGGCCUUCUGCUGAAAAGUGCAGAGGUGUCUCUCCUUUUGAAGCCUGUCCCGCAAUCCGAGGGCGGAGCUUCUCCUCUGGGGUCAGAGCUCUCGCCCUCAGAGAGCAGAGGAACACUGGAGCCUGGAAAUGACACAACUGAGACUGGUGAAAAGCCUGAGAAGGGCAACGAAGGACCAGGGUGUGGGUCUGAGGGCGGAGUGACCAAAGGGCAGUGUACUGUAGACCAGCUGUUAUGUGGAGAGGGCUCAGAUGGUCCUGCCCCUCUUGUCCCCACGUCCUCUUCAGCUACAUGUCCAGACUCAAAUCACAAAUCCUCCCUGGAGGAGAGGACUUCAGCUAAGAACUCAGGGAGGUGGAGUUCAGAGGAAGGGAGUGAGAUGGUGGAUGGCUUGAGUGGGGGUGACGAUAUUGGAACUGGACUAGAUUCCAAAACCCAGACAGGUGACCCCCUGUCUGACCCACUCUCCAACAAAGACUGGAGUGAUAAAGACAAGACUGGAGCUGGAAAAAUGCCUCAGUCAAUAUCCAGGAAAGGAAGUUUGUCUGUGGUUUCUGAUCUCCUCAGCUCCUCAAACUCCAGCAGAUCCACCUCCCUUUAUUCCAUGUCCAACAUUGGUCGUCUGAUGCGAGAUCGCUCCCAGUCCAGUUUCUCAGUGUCCUAUAAGAACAUGAAGAAGAGUCCAUCUCUGCAGUCUCUGGACAACAUCUCAAUAGACAGCUACCUGAUGGAGGACGGAGAUACAUACAGCCUGUUGGAGAGAGAUGACGUGUCCAUCUCAGGCUUCAAGGAUGUCAUAAGUGAACAAAGCGCCACGGAGAACGCCACUGAGGUGGUGAUUGGCCAGGAGCAGGAAGAAGGCGUGUCCCCCGACAGUGUCAGCGCCACCUCACAGAGCAUUGAUGAGCCCACCAAAGAUAUAGUGUCCGUGCUAGUAUUGAAGGUGCAGUCGGUGUGUGUGGGCAUGGAGGUGGUGGGUGAAAGCACAGCCGUGGCUCUGGAGGUGGGCCAGGUUACACCCAGCCAGCUGGGCAACGUCAGCCUCAGACAGUACCUCAGCAACCGCAGCCUGGGUAUGGUGUGCUCAGUACCAAUACCUGCUCAAAGCAGCCAAGCCGGUGGUGAGAUCAGCUCUGGGUCCGUCAGGGGUCUCCACAGUCCGGAGGUGUGUGCUCGUCUGGAGUCUGGUCCCUGUGCCGCUGCUCGCUCCCCGCUGGCUGAGCGCAAUGGUUUCCUGCAACUGCGUCUCCACGGAUACCAAGCCAGCUUCCUCAUGUCGACACUGCGCAACCUAGCCCUCUUCUUGGAAGAUUACUCAGCGCCACAGGUGCUGCCCAUGGAGAUCAGCGUUCGAGAUACACAUAUCAACUUAAAGGAUGACGGCCCCCGUGACAAUCCUUCCGACUCCGAGCCUUCGCCGAUCACCCUGCAUGUGGACAGUCUGAUCAUACACAGGAGAGACGACGGGUCCUUCUCUAUAGGGGUGGACACAGCAGCUGAGCCGAAACCCGGGAAGGAGACACAGCUGAUCAACAGCUCUCUGAGUCCUGUCCCUGAGGCUGUGGGAGUGGGAGUGGUCUGUGGCAUUCCAAAGGCGACACAGACUCAGGCCCUGCCCACCAGCCCCCAACCAUCUUCCAGAGAAAAAUUAUUAGUAGAGGAGAAUGAAUGUUUGAAAGUGGAGCUGUCCCGAGCCAAGAUGGCGCUGGCUGAGGCACAAAUGGAGAAGGACUCACUCCUGCACUGCAUUAAGAAUCUCAAAGCCAACACCAGCUAGGCGUAGCUGUCCCUCCUUGGCCUGCCAGCCAGUCAUUCAUUCAUUCAGCCCCUCUGGUCCACAGUAAUGAGGACUGCUGCUGACGGACGGGAGUAAAGGUCAGAGAAAUAAUUCAAGUCAACAUCAACGAGGAAAGGCUAAGAGGGAUUUCUGGACUGAAAUGGCUCCCUUUGCGCGCUUACUUGUGAAUUGAGCCACCAUGUGACUUCAGACUUUAGAAUAAUUCCUUCAUGAAGCAAUGCAGAGUCUGGGACAGACUCAAAAAUGUUUUUACACGCUUUGUUGUCACUUUUAUGUUCUCCAUCUGGUCUUCUUGUUUGGCAACAGAAGCCAGGUAUAUCUGAGUAGAAGUAAAAGAAGAGAACUUAGUAAGAUUCAAUGUGUGUGAAAGAUGAUGAGGCUCUAUAUCCAUGGUUGUGCCUACAGAAUACUCUCCCACACUUUUCAUUUAGUGUGAGUAAAACAAUCACAACUGAUCUUAAAUAGGAACACUGAAUGUUGUAUCCUCAGAAGAAUGUCUACAAAAAAAAAAACAACUUAUUUUGCACUGCAGUGGAAGUGAACUUUUAAUUUAAUGCUUUCUUUUUUUGGAUGGGACGAGGCAAAUCAGUCACUUGUCCUCAGAGAGGGUAAAGUGUAUAUUGUAUAAGAAUGUGAAAUAUUUUCUACAGAACUCUAAAUAGUUAUGCAGUGUUUCAGCUGAAUGUGGAUGUGUGUUUGUGUUUCAUUCAGAACAAGCAUUUCAUUACAAGCAGAGUAGGAAUUUCUAUCCUCUGUCAGUUCCACAGCUUUGUCUGCAAAACACCCCACAAUAGGUCUGUACCCCUUCAUAUUUUUCUAAGUGUAAAUAGCUACUUAACUUGUGCAGCACUUUUAAAACUAUAAACUACCAGAACUGUGAGAGAACAAGAGUUAAAUCAGCGAGUGGUGAGAGCAGCAACACUGUUUUGAGAAGUAAUUCACGUGUCCUUACAGAAUGGUGUGUGAAAAUGAGGGCACUUACAAGCUGCCUGUCUGCAUUUACUGGAUGUGUGUGUGUUUAUGUAAAUUUUUAGAUCUUUCAUGUGUAAGUUUUCAUGAACAAGCAAUGCCCACAUCUGCUGCUGUUCCAUGGGUCACGCCUGAGAAAUAACUUGAGGGGGAACUCUUUGAGUAGGUGGUAAGAAACAAAAACAAAUACAUUCGACUUUUCUAACAGCACACGCUUUGCCACAGCACAAACAACUGUACAUGGACUUUAUAAACUACGCUGUCCCUCUUACAGUUAACAAUAGAUUCCAUACAUGCAUCAGUCUACGUAUGUACUAGACAUAACUUGUACUUCAGUUCGGCCCUGUUCAUUUCACUUGAGAUGGAACUGUUCUCUGCACAAAUGUCAAGACUUGAAAUUUAACAUGAUUGUAUACAAUAUUUUCCAGCUUCCCUGCCUCAUAUCACAGCCCUCCUCUUCUCUCCCUCUCCGGGAGGUUGCACCCUCAGAAAAACCUGUGGAGGUUCAAAAAAAGAAAAUACACAAGUGACAAGUUGUAUUUUGUUUGUUAAAGCUGCUGAGAUACUAAUGAAAAUAAAAGGUUAUCCAAUUUAAA